AUGCAUUGUCUGUCUCCCAAGAUGGUUUGUGAGACCAAGAUUGUGGCGGAGGAUCAUGAAUCAAUCCCGGGAUCCAAAAAAGACACGAUCAUUGUUUCUUCCUCCCAGAUGUGGCCCUCUCUGGCAGGCUCCCCUUCCGCCCCCCCGCCUCCCCUCAGCUCCCCAAAAGAGGACCCCCGGCGCGACAAUGUCUAUAUCCGCGAAUUCCACCCCUCCGAGCAGGAGGUGGUGCGCCGCAUAUUUUACGAGGGUAUCAUGGAGCGGAUCCCCAACACGGCGUUCAGGGGGCUGAAGCAGCAGCCCCUCACUCAGCUGCUCUACGGGCUGCUGGCGGUAAUAUGCUUUGUUGUGACCAAGUCCUUCCUGCUGACCUGCUGUUUGCCCAUCUUUCUGAUGGGCAUGAGGUACUACUUCAGUAGAAAAGUUAUCCUCCACUAUCUCGAUUGUGCGCUGCAUACGGACAUGUCCGAUAUUGAGCAAUAUUACAUGAAACCGCCAGGCUCCUGCUUCUGGGUCGCCGUUCUGGACGGCAACGUGGUGGGGAUCGUGGCGGCACGGGGCAACGAGGAAGACAACACGGUGGAGCUGCGCCGCAUGUCUGUCGACUCCAACUACCGCGGCAAAGGGAUCGCCAAGGCCCUGGGCCGCAAAGUGCUGGAGUUUGCCAUGCUCAACAACUACUCCUCCGUUGUGCUGGGAACCACGGCCGUGAAGAUGGCAGCCCACAAGCUCUACGAGUCCUUGGGGUUCAAGCACGUGGGUGUCGUCGAACAUUACGCCCUGCCGGGGAUGACGCGCUCCUUACUGGAGAGAAUGUUUUUCCAGCUCCGCUACCACCGCUACCGCCUGCAGCUGCGGGAAGAAUAAAAAAACCCAACCAACCAAAAGAAAAAAAAUUUUUUUUUUUUCCUCCUCCCCCUUCAAAAAUAAUAAAUUGCCCUUCUA